CAUAUGGUUCGACCAGCAGUUGGUCCAAAGCAGUCGACAAAAUAACACAUCAUCGGUAUUUUCUUUGCACCCAUCCGCCUGGCUGGUAGACGGUUUUUUUUGUAUAUGUGUUAAACCAGGAGUCUAAAAACAGACUGUGCUUAUCGGAAGGUUUGGUCUUCAGGUAUUUUCCUCGAUCGUUCCAUGAUCGGACCAUACUGUGUACUUACGAAGAAACUGAACAACUGAGAUUGUUGCUGGCUGAUAUUCGAUUACGUACCAUACGCGCUACUUCAGUAUUACAAUUCAACAGUGACUGUUUUCUACAGUAUAAACUUGAAUGAAAUUAUUAUUAGAAAAAUAUCCAACGAAAGCUGCGAGAAGGAAUUAGAAAUUUUAUAAAUAUAUCAAGCAUUGAACUACAGAGAAAACUGCAAACCCAUUUUUUUUUCUUGUUGAGUGUUGGUGAAAAGAUUCAGUGUGCAAAGAAAUAUUCAGACAAGGCAACGUGCAACUUUUGAUUAUCGGCAUACGCUGGUUGGUGAUAGAUUAGAUUUUACUGUCUCGGAGGUCUAUCAACGGAAAUCAAUCAUGCACUCUAUGAUGAUAAAGGCAUCAAAAUCGCCCACUGAAAUGCGGGACAUUGCGGCCAGGAUUUGUCGGGACUACCUAACCGGAGCAUGGAAGACUAUUCCGGCUGAAGAGCUGCAGCUCAAACGGAUCAGCGGGGGGCUUUCCAAUUUUCUCUACUAUGUCAGCCUUCCCGAUUCCCUGGGUGGUCACAGCUCGCCGAAGGUAGGAUACCCUAGCACGGGCAGUUCCAAAAGGCCACGCAAGGAUAGCUACAACAACAUGCUGGAGCCUAAAGAGGUAUUGCUGCGAAUCUACGGACAAACCCAUGGGGAACAUGCUCUAGAAACAAUGCUCACUGAAUCGGUUGUAUUCACGCUCCUGAGUGAGCGUAAACUGGGACCAAAACUGCACGGAAUAUUUCCCGGUGGAAGAAUCGAGCAGUACAUUCCGGCCCGUCCGUUACAAACGUCAGAACUUAGCGAUGAGAAGAUCUCUCUAAAAGUAGCCUGCAAAAUGGCAGCAAUUCAUAGCUUGGACAUUCCGGUGUCCAAGGAACCGGAUUGGUUGUGGAAUACUAUGAACCGUUGGUUGAAGAGUGUCGAUAAAACGUUGGAAACGUUUAGGAAAGAUAGCGCCAAUGGCAACAAACGCAUUGAAGGGGAUGACAUUCUUAUGGAACUUGACCUAAGGGCAGAAGUUGGGUGGCUCAGAUCUAUCGUGGACAAAGAGGAUCAUCCUGUCGUGUUUUCGCAUAACGAUCUGCAGGAGGGCAACAUUUUGCUGCGACAAGACUACACCGUGGCAUUCACCGGCAACAGUUUCUGCACCAUGGACCAAUUUGACGAAUCCGCGCAGUUAGACUCACACUUUAGUUCAAUUCUAAUUUCAAAUUCUAAUAGCAGUAACAACACGACGGCUUCAUCAGCUUCCUUCGCCACAGGAAGUGACAAUUCGAGCAAUGACUGCAGCAAAAAUUCAAGAAAACGAUCGCGAGAUGAAAACAUUGACCAUGAGCUGGACAACACUCGUGACUCAGUUCUCAGUGGAAACUCACAGACACUCUCGGAACAACAAGGUGAUGGCGAGCCGGAACUGAUGAUUAUCGAUUUUGAAUACUGUGCCUACAACUACCGAGGAUUUGACCUAGCAAACCAUUUCCUCGAGUGGACCUUCGACUACACAAACCCGGAAGCGCCUUACUUCUACCACAGGCCGGAACAGUACCCCGAUCAGCAACAACAGGAAAAGUUCAUUGCAGCUUAUCUAACCAACUCGAUGUGUGAGGAUGGAUUUGAGCCAUCUCCGGAAGACAUUGCUGGCAUGCGACGUGAAGUCCAAUGCUUCACUAUGGCGUCGCAUCUGUUUUGGAGCCUCUGGGGUAUCGUUAACAUUUAUCAGGAGAUCGAGUUUGGAUAUUGGGAAUACGCCAUUUGUCGGUUGAACCAAUACACCCAAUGCAAGAAGCGAUACUCCGAACUAACAUCCAAUGCUGAAAAUCUCCCUGAUGCCGAUCGCGAAACGUAAGCAUGCUGAUGCAGGACUCAUUGCAUUCCGGUAUUAUCGCAAGUUUGCACUCAAAAAGGUGUGCGGUUGCACUGAAUCGGCCUGGGCGUUAGCUAUUGAUCGUUUAAGCUAAGUCGGUCAUCGAAUGACUCUGGAUAUAACACUUUUGAGCCGCCAGCUUGCUGUCUUUCAAUCUUAGCGAUACACAUCUUACACUGACACUUUUGUUUAGCAAUCGAGACAGAAAGUCUUGCAGGUUUCGACAACAUGACUUUAACAGUAUUAGGAGUCAUUAUUUCCUGUUGAAUGAAUUGUAUAUGUUACUUAGUAUAUUGAUAGCGAACGUUUCAGAUUUGAAAAGUGUUUAUGAUUUAUGUUUUUUUUUAUCCAGCUUAAACAUUACCAAAAACUUGUAAUAUCAUUGUGAUUUACCUAUUUUUUAUUUUCUUUGUAUCAGUUAAGAAUGGAAAAAAAAUAUAUUUAUAUGUCGUGAUAGCCAUCCCAGGAUACUGAGACUUAAAAAUGAUCAAAAUGUACGACUGAGCGUAGCUAUGUAGUUUACAAGUAUCGAUACGCACUGUGAAUCAGCAGAAGAAUCUUAAUGACCAGUUUAACAACCUUUUGCAUUAAAGCUUCUAGUUCCACCUCAAGCAAAAACAAACUUGAUGCUCUUAACAAUGAAAAAUGAACAAACAAAUUGUGCUCUUUAGCUGUUAGCCAACACACGAAUACAUAUCGGCCACUCGACCUUAAAUAUUAAAUUGUAGAUUUUUUAGAUAUAUAUCAAUUUAACUGCAUGUGAUGAACGAACAGUGAAAGCCAAAUAGUAAUCGGAUUAUGAGCCGCGAAUGCAGGAAACGCAAUACACAGAUUGUAAUUGUCAUUUUAACGUUUGAACUGUCAAAAUAUUUGAUUUCGGUUAUAAAGAGAGUUCAUUGAACUGCAAUCAUAUUUGACAUACAAAUGUGGUGAUAUUGCAAACACUAAGCUAGACUAAGUAUGAUGAAGCUCCAUUUUUAAGUAACUAUAUUCGACGCUGUACGGAAAUGAAAAUCUUUGAGAUAUUAUAAAUUCACGCAAUUUCUUCAGAGUAAUUUUGAUGUUUAUUCAAUAAAGAAAAUCGGAGAGUAACAAUG